CCCCUCCUCUCCUGCCGACCACGUUUCACUAAAUCGAUAUAUCUUUGGAUGUUUAGCUGGCUACAGCCGUGGCGACCUUCUUCGAAAAUCCAACGAAAACAAGAUUCCCACCCACAUCAACACAAUAAUGUAUUGUCCACUCAUUCUUUUUCUCUCUCUGAAAAAACUAUGAUCACCCCAAAAUCUAUUGCCAUUGUCAAGAAAACUGCUGUUCAUGUUUCUGGUGAUGAUGUUUCCGGAAUACAUUAUCAAUCAAAUGAAACUCAAGACAAUUCUUCCACUACCGUUUCUUCCGCAGCUUCUGUAGCCUUAUCUGCUGAAUUAGCAAAGAAACAACAACUUCAACAAUUGAGUCAUAUCGACACUACCACAACAAUGCAACAACAUUCCUCCAAUACCAGCAUACGAAGCAUAAAGUCAGUUUCAACUUCCUCAUCACCACCAAAACAUCAACCUAUUCAACAACAAUCCAACUCUACUACUAGUCAGGCUUCUUCAACCACUUGUAUUUCUACUGUACCUUCUCAUGUAGUAAUGCAUCCUUCUCCAAAACGAUCAGCAACUCCAUUUUCAACCAAUGUUUCGGCUAACGGAGAUAUUGUAUUUGAAACUCAUAUUAUGGCCCCACAUUCACCAAUGGUAGCACCAUCAUCAUCAUCAUAUUCCAAUUCUCAACAACCUCAGCAAAUCGACUCACCAACAUCAAUGGAUCGCCCUGUACCAGAACAAGUAUCUAUGAUUUCAAUAUCACUAGCAGAAAAACAUUUACUCGACAUGAUUCAUCCAUUGCCACCUCCAAUAUCUCCACUUUCAAUAACCUGUACCUCUGACGCAAUGGAUCAACCUCCUGACCUGCAUCUUUCCGAUCAACAUGACGGACAAACGCAGCAAUAUUCACAACAUUCACAACAACAAAUACAGCCAUCACUUGAUCAACACGAUCAAGACCAUAAUAUGCAAAUAUCAACUGCGCCCCAACAAGUGGUAGAAGAAGAGGCACCAUCAAUACAACAAAAAAGGUUUUGGACUUGGCUAUUUCCCCCUCCUCCAAUUGCAUUGUCGACCAAUCAAAACAAGGAAUCAUUACCAUCAGCAUCAUCCUCUCCUAUUAGUAAUAAUGUCACCAAGAAGAACAAUCCACACAACCAGCUUCACAACAACAACAACAACAAUAAUAAUAAUAUUUCGCCUGGUCCGCCCUUACUUUCGGAAAUGUCAUCAUCGCCUAUUCCUGUGCCUUCAUCUUCCUAUAUUGAAAGCUCAUCUCCUUCUGUGAUAUCAUCACCAGCAUCGUCAUCUGUGCAACCUAUGAUCAAUAAUAGGAAAGGUGGACGAAGAAAUCAAGUCUUGCCUCCAUUUCGAUCUCAAUAUCGUGUGCCGCCAUCCUCAUCAUCGACAGCUACGAUCAACAAUAAUAUCAAACCAUCUGGAAAAUUUUUUGACAAAGCUAUAGAAUCUAUCAAUCAAUUUAUUCAACAAGCGUCUUCUAUCAAUAGUGGUAACAACAAAUCAGCUGAUCGAGUCAUUCAUACUGAUCCUGAUUCUUGGAAACAACAAAUGAAAGCAAGAUUUGCCCGUUUUAUUGAUGAUAUCAAAUCUGAUCCUGAUGGAUUUGCUGGAAAAAAAAUAGUGGUUGUAGGUGUCCAUGGAUGGUUUCCUAUGAAGGUAAUGUUAUAGGAACAAAAAAAACAUAUAUAUAUUAAACUCACUUGUAUAUGAUAAUAUAUAGUUGGUCCGAAGCAUGAUUGGUGAACCUACUGGGACUUCAACAAAAUUCUGCGAACAAAUGGUAGCAGCUGUGAAGAAGU